CACAAUUUAACUGUCAAAUCUGACGUAUCAAAAAAAAACGUAUUUAAACAUUACAAAAAUCGAACCAAAUGCUAAUUUUCCGCCCGUGUGAUGUUAUCGAGGGUGUACAGGACUGAAUCUGAGAUAAGAAAACGUCAGAUAAAUACUUUAAAGGUGUUCAAUGACAAUGUAAAUGAAAUUAAUGAAGGUAACGAAUAUCAGGUAUCAUUUCAAGCUGGAGGGAAUGAUUUUUCUUUAGUCAUAAGCCUUACAGCCGAUUUUCCCAAUGAAAAACCGAUACUAAAAAUUAUCCCUUUUGUGGUUCAUCCUUGGGUUAACGGUGAUGGUGAAAUAACAUCAGCACCGGGAUUAUUAAAUUUCACGGUUCAUUCUGAUUUGGGACGAGUCGUGCAGGCUGUUAUAAGAGAAUUUGAACGUAAUCCCCCUCCUUUGGUUUCUGAACAACUAAAUAAUAGUAAUAUUACAUCUCCAACAGUUCCUAUGGGAGAAAUAGAUAAUAUGGGUAGAGUGAGUCCUAAUUACCAUUUAAAUUACGUAAAUAGACUUAGUUUUUCACCCCCUACUUCAUCCGGAUUUCAAACUAUCGCGUUUCCUGAAUUAAACAAUUUAAGUUUGGACGAGUUGCAGUUUUUAAAUGAAAAUGAAGAUAGAUUGGAGGAGUUUUUGGAAAAUUUACCUCAAAUGAAAGAGAUGAAUCGACGUUUAGAUGAUACAAUAUUAAAUGUUGAAGAAAUGGCAGAUUCUAAUUUAAGUAAAGAAGAACAAUUAGUGAACCUACAAAAAGGUAUUGAUGAAAGAAUAGAAGAAGUAACUAAGUUAGCAUUUGAAAAUGAACGAUUAAAUGUUAAGUAUCAAAGUUUAUCUGAUAAGUAUUCACCAAGAAAUAUUCAGGAAGAAUUAAAAUUGGCUGCAGAACAAUCUGAACGAGAUACUGAGAAAAUAGCCGAAUCAUUUUUAAAAGGUGAAAUGGACGUUGAUAAAUUUGUCACUCUUUUUAUGCAAUCAAGAGCUUUAACUCAAAUGAGAAAAACUAAGGAAGAAAAAUUAUCUCAACAGCUUGAAAGUUUAGAAAGGGCUGGCUUUUAAAAAUUAUUUUUUAGUAUUUUUCCGCUUUACAACUGUGAUUUAAUCUUGUUCUUUUAUUUUCGAUAUUAUAAGUUCUGUUUAUUCAUUUUUUUUUCUGAUAUAU